AUGGCGGAUAGCGGCGUCGUUGUCCAAUCUCUCCGUGAGGAGGUGGUACCUGUCCACCACAAAAUGGACUGCGUGAGCGAGCGCAGCACCGCCUUCCCGGCAGACGACGCCCUCACCUGUUGCCUGGAAGAGGAGGAGCGGUGGCGGUGGCGCAAGCGGUUCCCGCCCGCAGAGAUCUGCGUGGUGGGAUCGACCGUGGGAGGGAUGCUUCUGGUGGCCGGAGGGGUGAUGCUCACCCUGCACUACACCCUGGAGCAAGAGGAGGGGCGCACCUCCGUCCUGGAGCACAUGCGGAUCGCAUCGGAUCUGCUGGGACUAGUCCUGGUGGCCGUAGCGGUCACCCUAUUCGUGGGCGCACUCCUGAUACGAGUAUUGUCCAGGGUCCUGGACGUCCUGGAGAUGGCGCAUCGCUACCGUGCGCACCGAGAACUGUGCGCCUACGAGGAGAUGCGCCAGAGCUUCCGCAGUCAGCAGGGGCUGUCGAGGAUCGACAACAGUGGUAGGUCGACUGCGGUGGACGCCACCAUGGGGCGCUACGCGACGCCGGAGAGGAAAGAGAAACUCGUCAUCAAUACCAUUGCUUGAAGCCUUCCCAACACCGUUACUUGAAGACAGUUGUCAUAUGAGGCAGUGAGAAGCAAAGGGAUGUAAGUGGAUAUUUUCAAGUUUUGAGUAAAACGGGCUUAAAGAUAAUUAUUAUUUUUUUCUAAAUCAUGUUGUACAGCAGCACCUAUCAGGGCUACCAGUACCAUCUCUUGCCCCAAGACAAAGGAGGGGUCCACCUACCAUUUGUACUGGUUAUCUUCAAAUUUUUAAUUUUGCCACUUGCGUCCCUUUGCAUCUCACUACCUCAUUAUCAUCUUCACCUUAAUGUCGGACAGAAACACUUUUUUAGACGAUCUCUUGUCUGGUUAUCUGAUGCUCAUAUUACCAGG